AUGGAGACCUCGGGGGUCGGCGAAGGGUCGGAAGCAGACAGCAGGUUGAGUUGCCCUCGCAGCCGCCAAGGCACAGCCAGACAACCGAAGCACCUGUGGCGGCAGCCCAGGCGCCCCAUCCACAUCCAGCAGCGGUUCCAUUCGGACCCGGACAAGUCCACGGGUCGCCGCGAGCGGGACCGGAGCCCGCGGCCCGGGCUGGGGAAGUCGCGGCGCUCCUGGCCCACUUCCUCCCACAGGCGCUUUGACCUGGAAAAUGGGCUGUCGCGCGAGAGAAGUGCCCUGGACCCUCAGUCCAGGCCUGGCCUGGGUCGGGUCGUCCAGGCCCCUGUCCCGCACAGCCAGCGGCGCGAGUCCUUCCUAUACCGCUCGGACAGCGACUACGAACUCUCGUCCAAGGUCACGUCCAGGAACUCUUCCAUGGCCAGCGACCUACAUGGAGAAGACUUGAUUGUGACACCUUUUGCCCAGGUCCUGGCCAGUCUGCGGACAGUUCGGAGUAAUGUGGCGGCCCUUGCCCACCUGCAAGGCUGGGGGGCAGCCAAGUACACCGACAGGUCCCCGAGUGGGGGUGGGGCACGUCCCUUACCAGCUUGGCUCCCAGAGGACACUGGACGGACACUGGCAUUGGAGACACUGGACGAGCUAGACUGGUGUCUGGAUCAGCUGGAGACACUGCAGACACGGCACUCGGUGGGGGAGAUGGCCUCCAAUAAGGAGCUGGAAGACACCAACAAGUGGGGGCUCGAUGUGUUCAAAGUGGCAGAGCUGAGUGGGAAUCGGCCCCUUACAGCCGUCAUAUUCAGCGUCUUUCAGGAGCGGGACUUGCUCAAGACAUUCCAGAUCCCAGCAGACACGCUGGCCACCUACCUGCUGACUCUGGAGGAUCACUACCACACCGAUGUGGCCUACCACAACAGCCUGCAUGCCGCUGAUGUGGCCCAGUCCACACACGUGCUACUGGCCACACCCGCCCUCGAGGCUGUGUUCACAGACCUGGAGGUCCUGGCUGCCAUCUUUGCAAGUGCCAUCCACGAUGUGGACCAUCCUGGGGUCUCCAACCAGUUUCUCAUUAACACCAACUCGGAGCUGGCGCUUAUGUACAAUGAUGCCUCCGUGCUGGAGAACCACCACCUGGCGGUGGGCUUCAAGCUGCUGCAGGGGGAGAACUGCGACAUCUUCCAGAACCUCAGUGCCAAGCAGCGGCUGAGUCUGCGCAGGAUGGUCAUUGACAUGGUGCUGGCCACAGACAUGUCCAAACACAUGAACCUCCUGGCCGACCUCAAGACCAUGGUGGAGACCAAGAAGGUGGCAAGCCUUGGUGUCCUGCUGUUGGACAACUACUCUGACCGCAUCCAG